AUGUGGGCUAGUGGCCCGUCGGCCCAAAACACGGCCAAAAAGAGUAAGACGAAGAAGAUUGGAAGUUGCAGUUCUUCCCCGAAUCCUCCUGGGAAGCUAAAGGUCCCUUCGCAAACACCCUCCAUCUCUAUCAUCGCCCUUCCCCCGACACACCCCUUCUCUCCCGGUCAACCUCCCCGGCCUUUCCUCGCGCUCAUGGCACCCUUAACCAGGGCCACGGGCUCGGGCGCCCCUGCCGGGUUCACGUCCAUUAAUCCCUCUCAACAACCAACGAACGAGUCGGAUGUUAUUGAAAUCGAGGAUGAUGACGAUGAGCCCAUGGACGAAGAGGGAGACGACAUGGAGCCCAAUGAGGAUGAAGACAUGGAAGAUGAUUACGUUGACGAAGACGAGGAAUCAGAGGAAGAGGCCGCUGACGCGCUGAAUGGGAGCGAAUCACCACUGGAUCUGGGGUUCGCUCCAAAUGGACAUAAUGGUAUAGACGCCGCAACACCGGACUUGUUUACGUCGGCAGGCGCGCAGGAGGCCUUGCAUCCCCUUCGCCGCACCGCAGAUCGAGUCACGCGCCAGAUUGAGGCCUUCGCCGAAAAACUGGAUCGUUUCAAGCAAAAAGGAAACCGCUCGGAGGACUUGUCGAACUACCAAGCUGCCUAUAACCUGGUGAAGAGCUACCAGACCCUCGCGCAAGAUGCAAUCAGCGACAUCACGAAACAAAACACGUUGAAACGGGCCAAGCUUGGAUUGGGUGCUGCUCGAAGCAACGGAUCCGCAUCGUUCGAUCCCAAGACUGCAGAGGAGCUCCGGCGUCUACAAUUGGAAGCCGACACUUGGCGACUUCUCCUCAACCUUAUUAGCAGGGACGAUCCGCCCCGCAGAGCCGACUCCAAGAAGUCGCAAGAAUCUGUCUUCCAGAAUCUACACCGGUACUCCCCUGAUCGCGACGUCUGGGACCAAUUCUUGACUGCGGACCAUUAUGCGACGGAAUGCGUUAUCAUCCUGAAGUGGCUCGAACGCUCGGCAAAAUACAGCACGCAAGAUGUGGACUAUCUAAUCUCUGAGUUAGAGUCACAGGCCGAAAGAGGGCAGGGAUCAUGGUCCCAUGGAUGGCUUUACACGAAGGAAACAAUCAAGGGACAGAAGCGACUGCGAGCCUGGCCCCAACCCCUCGAACCCAAUGACCCGGGCAUCACCGCUACGCUUCUGAGCUCGGAUAAGUCGGAGCCACUAGUCACCCAAUUAGAUCCGGACGCCGUCACCCGUCAAAGGCAGAGCCUACAGAAGCAGGAUCAGUUCUACGAGCGCGCUACAUGGAUGACGUGCUGGAAGAUGCUCAGACAUGGGGAGAGUUGGUUCAAGAUCCGCGAAUGGUGUGCAGAGCGGUUGGAAACAUGGCGGGCCGUCAGCAUCUGUGGUACAAGCGUGGAUGUUGAAACACACACUGGAAGGACCCCUGUUGAUGAUGGGCACACACGCCUGAUGAACUGGCGUUCCCAGGAAUCCUGGAGGGCCGCCUGCAGUGCUUUGGCACGGAGUCCACACGCCGAGGAUUUUGAGCGGGCGGUUUAUGCGUUGCUCUGCGGCGAAACAGAGGCCGCCUUCAAGGUCUGUCAUACCUGGGACGACUAUCUCUUCGUGCACUUCAACAGUGUCCUCCUGUCUCGCUACCAGGGAUUCUGCAAGCAGUUCCAGCGGAAGCUAAGCCAUUCGCCUACAACCCCCGUUGCCUUCGUGCCCGAGCCGGCAGGAUAUGCCGAAUUCAACAAAUUCGUGCAGUACACUAGAGGAAACGAGCGCGUUGGAAGCGAGGCACGGAACCCGUACCGCACUAUCCAGGCGACAAUCUUAGGCAAAGGAUACGACACAUUCUUCUAUUCCUUAGCCCAGGCAGUAUCCCAGGUUGCGAACAACAAAUCUGAUGCGUCAUCCUUCGUUCCUGAUGUGUCACCUACCUCCGUCGAUGACAGUCUUGUCAUUGCUGCAGAGGACGGCGAUGCGCUCCGGAUUGCCACCCAUCUUUACAUCGUCGCUCAUUCCAUUGGAUACGUUCGCGCCGACACUCAAUUCUACAACACUGCCUGCGUGAACGUAAUCGGGUAUAUCGCUAACCUGGAAUCCCUCGGUGUUGUGGAUAUCAUUCCGCUUUAUGCUUCCCUUCUCCCGGAGGAUUUGACGAGGUCUGUUCUGGCUCAGGUAUUGAUCGAGAUUGUUGAUCCACGGGAGAGAAAGAACCUGGUUCGACUGAUGGAGAAGCACGGUAUCGACGUCGAGGCUGUUCUGCAGACCCAAUGGGAGUGGCUGAGCGUGAAUGUCUCUGCCAUCGACCACUCCAGGACGGUCAAGCGGCACCCGAAGGUUGUCAACCGCAAGGAUGGCAACCUUGAAUUGGUCCCGGUCAAGACGGAUUUCAUUGGAACCGAGAUAUCUGAAAGUGAUGAGAAUGUCAUACGCAGUCUCGAAUGGCUUCGCUACGUGGAUGGACAGUGGGGGCGGAUCUGUCAGCUCGGAUCUUUGUUGUACCGCAAGUUCUAUAUUUCGGGUCGACUCUCUGCAGCUCGGGAGCUGUGUCGGCGGAUGAAGCUAUCCGACAUCUCGCGGGAAAUGUUCGGCUUUGACAUUUCGGAGUUUAGCCUCGAUGUGGCGGCGAUGCAAGAGGUCAACACCCCAGAACCUUCCAGUCCGACGAAGUCGAGAUUGCUUAGCUCCCCUCACAAGCGUUCUCGGUCGCGAACCAACGGAGUUGCGUCGGGAAGCCAGGCGAGCAUCUUACUCCAGCAAUCGCAGACCAUGCGUGACCUGGAGGUCCUUAUCCUGGCAUUAGACGCUCUGGAGAGAUAUGCCAUUAUCUAUGAAAAACUAGAAAACAACAAACGGCGGCGUGAUUCGGGUAUGCUCAAGGACCUGAGAGAAGGGCUACAGGAAGCCCUAGAUGACACUAGCGUCCAAAUCGAUGUCAUGUUGGACGAGUGGCUGGUCAACUACGAGAAUGAAGCCGAGAAAGAGGAGUUGGAGGAGAUUCGUAACACCUACAUUCCCGAAGUGUUCCUCGAUUACCACAACACGAUGUAUUUCUCGGCUCAUGUGCUCAGCAGCGAGCUCUUGGUGCAGUGCAUGAACUUGGCAACCCAGGUGGCCGAAGUGGAGCAUCUGACGAGCAGCUUCGUUGCGGCCCGCCGCGUUGGAGAGCUGAUGAACGCGUUGGCAGUGUCCAGCAAAUCCAUGGUGAACACGCACGCAAAGCCCGGCGUCAGGCUACUGGGAGGCGAGUCGUUGGGGAUCUGGGCCCCGCAGGUGUCUGACGAGGAGAAUGACACGACCCAGGAGCAAUGA